UCCCUCUUCCUGACUUUCCUCUCCGGCUGAGGGAGGAUCCAGGAAGGCUGCCAGCUGGUGACAGAAGCUCUGCUCCACUGACACACAACAGCAGCGAGCAGCGAGACACGCAGAAGGAAAAGUGAGCGCGAUCUAACUCCAGUCGACAUGCCUCAGUAUUCAGACCUAGAGAAGGCCAUCAACACACUGGUCACCCAGUUCCACUCUGCCUCAGCAGACAACGGUCCAACGCUGAAAACUGAUGAAUUCAAAGGUCUUUUGUCCUCCCAGCUGCCUAACUUAGUCACGGGGAUCGGCUCAGACCAGGUUCUGGGCGAGAUCAUGCGGAAGAUGGGUGUAGCUGACGGCGAGGGCAUCUCUUUCAAGCAUUUCUGGAACUUAAUCCAGUCAUUAGCCACCACGCAGCACGGCAUCCUCGGCGGCCAGAAGGGCUCCUCAUGCAGCUGCAUCCUCCUGUGAAGAGCAGGCUCUCGACCUAACACAUGAGCAAGCUCUGAGUUUCCAAACUAAGAUUUAACAGUAUGCACAUCACUCAACUCAUCAGGUGUCAGAUAGAAUACAAAGACAAAGUCUAGUCUGCACAAAGCAAUCUGUUCCCAACAUUUAUGACUAAAACACGACACUUUCUGAAUGCUGUGAUCUCUCUUCAGGUUUCCACAUCAUGCUUCUGCCAGUAUUCUGCUCAGCAUCCUUUGUGCCAAUUAAAAUUCUAAUGCGGACUAUUUUGGAUUCAAAAUCCUCACAUUGUCCAAGUCUGCACGUUCCUAUGUAUUUAAUUUUUUAAAGAAUUAAAAUAAAAUAAUCUCAUCCACCUACAUAGUGCAAGAUAACAUCCAUUUGUCGCCAUUUGACGAUAAUGAAUUCAGUAAUUUGCAGUAUGUUAUUUUAUGGAUCAUACUGCACAUUCUUAUAUUGUCUUAGGUUCCUUUUACUGGACAGAAUGAUCUGAUCUGUUGUUGUCAUUAGCCACAGAGGGUUAGAUAUCUGCCUUUUGUAUUGUAGAUAAACCCCCUGAUUUUGUUGUGUUAACACUAACCCUAACCCCAGCUCAAACAGAAGUGAUCUAUGGCAAGGUUUAAAACAUCACCUGAGCAGGUGGAGGAGAUCUGGGGAGUGGAGGUGCUGUUAACAAAAUCAGGGAGACAGCAAGCCUCCGCGAUACAGUUCAACAGAGACACAACUUCAUCAAACUGACGAUGUAUCGGCAUCAACCUGACACUCUAAAGGCUUCAGUAUGUUUGAAACACACUAGGUCAAAGAACAUGUUUUCCAUAUGAAUGCAUUAAUGUGCCUCCACAGAAGUGCCUGUUGGACAGUCUCAGUGUCUGAAACUGACUCUCCCCUCACAGACCCAGCAGCAGACCUGAGGAGACUGUGUCAAAACAUUUUUUUAACUUUCUGAAACCAUCAGUCUCACACUUUCACAUAUCAAAGUUCAUAUACAGCAGUAUAGUAUAGUCAACCUUGCAUGUCAUGUUAAUGUUAACUCAUAAGUCCCAUUUGCACUAAACAAAUGGUAUAAACAAACAGAACUGAGGCCAUGUCAUCAGAAAUAGUGAGAAAGAACAAGUUUAACUUUCAGAAACUCGGACACAUUUGAAUAGAUUUUCUUUCUUCCUCCGUGCAGAAUUAACUCCGGGGUAACUCUCAUUUCACUCUGUCUGAAUGUGUGUGACACCAAUCAUCUCAAUUUGACCUCGUGUCAGUAACAAAAAACAAAAGUCAGUAUGUGUGACUUUGCAGUCAUCUGUAGAAACAUCUCAAAAUGUGUGCUUUGUAGUCCAUUUCCACCAGUAAUGCUUUACCCUCUGAUCCUGCAUUUUCUAUGUAUUUAUGUUUUGUAAUUCUCUGUAUUCUGACCUGUGUGACACCUCAAGAAAAAUGAUGUAAUAAACAUACAAAGAAAUGA